AUGUCAGUCGAUUUGACGCUUCCUCCCAUUAGUUCGCCGGCUCUCGAUCCCUACAAGCACGUCGAAGAUCCGCUGCUGCCAUUCGCACUCUACAUCCACAUAGACGGCGUCAACGAAGACGAUGUAUCGGCCAUCGAAAGCGAGUGCAAUUGUCGGCUCCCGGAUAAUCCGAUGGUCAAACGAGGGCCGCGGCACGAUCUCGCAGGACAGCCUUUGGUCGCCGCAGUCACGGAUCACCUAAUUAACAUAUCUGCGCGCCGCUUCGAUCCUUUCUACUUCGUGGCGGUCGUGGAUAAAGAUUGGAAAGAGUCCGGGGUGAUCCUCGUCACCAUGGACGACGACUCCGAUGAGAAUGUCUGUCGUGUCGACCGGUUGCGUGUCCCGGCUGGGGAUUCUGGCAUCUUGUUGGUUAAUCUGCAGAUAGCGAAUCAAGAUUGGUGCGAACUUAAGGAUGAAUACGAGGAAUAG